CAAGGAGCGGGGAGCGGGGCACCGAGUGGCCGCCCCGCGUGUCGGGGUGGACACGGACUUCGGGCCUCGGAGGCCGCUUCGCCGCUGUUUAAAUCCUGCUGGACAGGGAUUUCAUGCAUCACCCUGACAGCCAGUGGAAGUUGCCUGAUUUGAAGAGGCCCAGGGCCGAAGAUACCCAGUCAUGUGUGGAAGCAGCUUCAAUGCCAUUUUGUGAGAGGUUGAGGGCCCCAGAGGGGGAAGCACAGGUGCUACCUUUUUACCCACACUUAAGUGACGCAAAAUGCCCUUCAAUGGCGAGAAGCAGUGUGUGGGAGAGGACCAGCCAAGCGAUUCUGAUUCUUCCCGGUUUUCCGAAAGCAUGGCUUCGCUCAGUGACUAUGAAUGCUCCAGGCAGAGCUUUACAAGUGACUCCUCCAGCAAAUCCAGCUCUCCUGCUUUGCUUUAUGAACAUCUUACUGCAUGAAGCCUUUCUGGAAAGACUUUUGGAUAUCACUGGAUUAUUGGACCAAACAACAAGCCCUCCAAGGGUUGUAACAUUUGAUGAAGUGAUGGCUACAGCAAGGAACUUAUCAAACUUGACUCUUGCUCACGAGAUUGCUGUAAAUGAGAACUUUCAGUUGAAACAAGAGGCCCUCCCAGAAAACAGUUUGGCUGGUCGAGUGAAGCACAUUGUUCACCAGGCCUUCUGGGACGUCUUGGAUUCAGAACUAAAUGCUGACCCUCCUGAGUUUGAACAUGCCAUCAAACUGUUUGAAGAAAUCAGAGAGAUUCUUCUCUCUUUUCUCACUCCCGGUGGCAACCGGCUUCGCAACCAGAUCUGUGAAGUUUUGGACACAGACCUCAUUAGGCAGCAGGCUGAGCACAGUGCUGUUGACAUCCAAGGCCUGGCCAACUAUGUCAUCAGUACGAUGGGAAAGCUGUGUGCUCCCGUGCGAGAUAAUGAUAUCAGAGAGUUAAAGGCUACUGGCAACAUCGUGGAGGUGCUAAGACAAAUAUUCCAUGUCCUGGACCUCAUGCAAAUGGACAUGGCCAAUUUUACAAUUAUGAGUCUCAGACCACACCUUCAACGCCAGUUGGUGGAAUAUGAGAGAACCAAGUUCCAGGAAAUUUUGGAAGAAACUCCAAGUGCUCUUGAUCAGACUACAGAAUGGAUAAAAGAAUCUGUAAAUGAAGAAUUAUUUUCUCUUUCUGAGAGUGCUUUAACUCCUGGGGCUGAAAAUACCUCCAAGCCAAGCCUGAGCCCUACUUUGGUGCUAAAUAAUAGUUACUUGAAACUGUUACAGUGGGAUUAUCAGAAAAAAGAAUUACCAGAGACACUCAUGACAGAUGGAGCACGUCUUCAGGAACUGACAGAAAAGCUGAAUCAAUUGAAAAUUAUUGCCUGCCUGUCCCUAAUUACCAACAACAUGGUGGGUGCUAUUACAGGAGGCCUGCCUGAGCUCGCAAGCAGGUUAAAAAGGAUUUCAGCUGUUCUACUUGAAGGCAUGAACAAAGAGACCUUUAACUUGAAGGAAGUCCUGAAUUCUAUUGGUGUUCAGACUUGUGUUGAGGUUAACAAGACCCUGAUGGAAAGAGGUUUACCCACUUUAAAUGCUGAGAUUCAAGCUAAUCUUAUAGGUCAAUUUUCAAGCAUUGAAGAGGAGGACAAUCCUAUCUGGUCCUUGAUUGAUAAACGAAUUAAGCUUUACAUGAGAAGCCUACUUUGUCUUCCAAGCCCUCAAAAAUGCAUGCCUCCUAUGCCAGGAGGCCUAGCUGUCAUUCAGCAGGAGCUAGAAGCCCUAGGCUCUCAAUAUGCAAACAUUGUGAAUCUCAACAAACAGGUGUACGGACCAUUUUAUGCAAAUAUACUUCGAAAGCUGCUCUUCAAUGAGGAAGCCAUGGGGAAGGUAGAUGCUUCACCUCCUACUAACUAAAGAAGAACUGACAUUGGAUGAGAGAUUGGAAAUCCAGUACUUUGGUAUCCAGUCCACUUCCAUUGAUGGCAUUAGAGAUCCAGCACAUUCUCAGUACUGUGGUGCAGUAUUAGACCAAAUCUGUGUAAUGGGUAAUAUUAGCAUUACAGAAGACACACACAUCACAUAGACCCUCAGAAGACGUAAACAUCACAUAGACCCUAUUUGUGCAUCAUUUUCAAGUUUAAAACAGACAUUUGUAAUGAACAGAAAACAAUUUGUAAUUAAUUAUAUUACCUAUAUAAUACUUGUAAAUGUUUUCUUAACCAUUUAUAUUUGGCUUAUGACAUUCAACCCCUAAGGAGUUGUUUUUCUCACUUGUUAUUAUCAAACCUAAUGAUUUUUAAUUUUGGUACAACUCCUUAAAGGGUUGAAGGUUGUGACAAUAACUGAGGGAACUGAUGUUCUGAAUAAAUGAUGUGAAGUAAACACAAUUGUAUUUGAAAUAUACAAUUACAUUUUAUUAAUGUGUUAAUAGAAACUUUCAAAGUAAGUCCUCAAAUUCCACAGAUGUACCAAAUCACACUUUAUAAUACCAAUGGUCAGUAUUUAUUUAGAAUUUUAAUGUAUUAAGUACAUUUUCAUGCUAUAUACAAACUUCAGAUAAAACCUCCUUUGUUUUAGUGAAAACAGAAGCAACUCCCUUCUCAAAUUAUUCUAGAAGUUUGUUUCUUCUUACAAUUUAGUCUGCUCUCCAAGAAAAACAAUUUUUGCACAAAUCUCUUAGUGAAUGUCCUUGCAGUUCUCAGGCCAUUGAUAAGGUUUAUAUAAGAGUUUAAUAUUUUUAUGUGAGGCAGGGCUCAUUUGGUUUACUUGUAAGGAGAAGAAAGGGAGUCAAUGAUAAAAUGAGAUCCCGUUCUCCAUGAAGUUCAUAUCUGAAAAAGAAACAGUUAAACUUUGGAUUUCUUACCCAUAUAACUUAACUACCAGAUGUCUUUUGUGCUGAUGAAAGCUUUACCGUGUUAUGACCAAGAUGCCCUUCUAAGGAUCAUUAUCGUUUGCCUUUUUUUUUUUUUUUUUUUUUUGAGACGCAGUCUCACUCUGUCGCCCAGGCUGGAGUGCAGUGGCGUGAUCUCAGCUCACUGCAACCUCUGCCUCCUGGGUUCAAGCAAUUCUCCUGCCUCAGCCUCCUGAGUAGCUGGGACUACAGGCGCCCGCCACCACGCCCAGCUGAUUUUUGUAUUUUUAGUAGAGACAGGGUUUCAUCAUGUUGGCCAGGCUUGUCUUGAACUCCUGACCUCAAAUGAUCCACCCACCACCGACUCCUCAAGUGCUGGGAUUACAGGCGUGAGCCACCAUGCCCGGCCUCAUUUGCCAUUCUUUUUUUUUUUUUUCUUUGAGAUGGAGUCUCACUCUAUUGCCCAGGCUGGAGUGCUGUGGCACAAUCUCGGCUCACUGCAACCUCUGCCUCCCGGGUUCAAGUGAUUCUCCUGCCUCAGCCUUCCAAGUAGCUGGGAUUACAGGCACGCACCACCAUGCCCAGCUAAUUUUUGUAUUUUUACUAGAGACAGGGUUUCACCACAUUGGUGAGGCUGGUCUGAAACUCCUGACCUCGUGAUCCGCCCGCCUCAGCCUCCCAAAGUGCUGGGAUUACAGGCGUGAGCCACUGCGCCCGGCCUCAUUUGCCAUUCUUGAGCAUUAAAUCAAACCUUGCAAAGUUGGGCACUAGUUGCCACUGAGACUUUAGAGAAAUCUGCUUAUCCUGGAAUUACUCUUCUUGGAGUGCUGCGGGAAGCACUGCAGUUGGGAGGUACUUGGUCUAAAAAGAGCUUCAUUUGCAUAAAAUACAUUUUUGAUUGUUUUGUUUGCUAAGGACUCAAUUGAGCCCUAGUAAUUUGGUGAGGUCGAGUGGGUAGAAAAUAAAAAGAAGUAUUCCUUUCUUCCCCAACCUUCUUUUCCUCACCACAACCUUCACCAUUAUGGUGUUACUUCAUUAUUUUAUGAAGUUCUAGGAAAUGAUUGUGUGAAUAAAUUGUCUCCAUUGUUUGUAUUUGGGGAAAUCUGCCAAAAUUUGAGGAAAGUAUAAACGUCAGGUUUUUUUUUUUCUCACAAUGCCCAAUACAUCAGCCAUUCUCUCCACGUAAGCUGCUGCAUGCAAGUGGAGUAUUACUGAAGAGUACACCAUUGGUCUUAGCUAUUUUUUUCUCUUCCUGCAGUCCUCUUCUGCCCGUGUUUUCCUAUGCACAGAAACUAUAAGGUGCUGAAGACAUUUGGUUUUCUCUUAAGCUGAAGGAGUUCUCAGCUCUUCUGUCUUUGGGGCAUGGGCAUCAGGGAGAUUCUGACAGUAGAAAGGUAUUAUGUAGUGUGAUUUUUUUGUUGCUUUCUGGGGUGAACUGUAUACUUAACAGGUGGUGUACUUUUUUAUUACCAGAUUUGAAUCCAGCUGAUGCUCUUUUAUAUACUUGAUUAUACUACAGUGGCCAGCAGGAAAACAAUGUACAAACUUUUUUUUUUUUUUAAUGCAUUUAAAAUGAAGGGCAUUCUGCUUUUUUUUUUUUUUUUUUUUUUUAGUGGCAAAGUAAAUCUCAAUGUUUCAAGUCUGGAUUUAGGCAACUACAUUUACUAGGAUUUUUUAAAUUGUAUCCCUUAGCAUGUUGUUUAUUUGGUUUUUACUUAAAUGUUUACUUCUAAUGUUUUCCUAACAUGGUCUCAUUUUGUAAUGUAAAUUUGUAUUAAAUGCCAUACACACAUUUUCAUUCUUCUGCUAAAACAUGUAUUGUGUGCACUUACUAAAUUUUAAAGCAUUAAAAAUUAUUUCGAGAUA